AUGGGUUAACAGGUUAAUGUAUUCAUGAAGUAGAAGGGCAAUUCGGAAACGGGAAAUGUGUUAUUUGGCUUAAAAAUAUUGUGACAUAGCUAAAGACUGUGAUGUAUAAAGAAACUGUGGACAUAGUUAUGCAAAAAGAGAUAAAUUUUAAUAUAUCAAUACGUUCAUCAAGGGAAUAUAAGGACGAAACAUAUAAUAAGAAGAGAAGAUGGACCUUCCAGGGAAUCAGUCCAACUUACUCAAUGGUUUACUGGGGACCAGUAGUGGGGCACGUGUCUCAGGAACCUCUACACUGAAUGGAAUUGUGACAAGCAAUAUGGAGGGGGUGUCAACAGCACCAUCAUCUUUAGGGUUGACUGCCAUACAGGUGUCUGGAACCAAUGGGAUAAUUCUCAUAAUAUUUUUAUCACCAGCUUUGCCUGUAUCCAACCCUGCCCAAGAUGUGAAGUUUUCACCAGAGAAACUGGAAGGUAUGAACAAGUUGAAGGCCCUCCUGACCGCCACCCCUCUUAAGGUGGCUUCCCCCACAUCUUCCUCUGGAAAUGCUGGGAAUGUGUUCAAAAUCCCUGGUGUCACCUCCCCCAUCCAUUCCCUCUCCAUCAACACAGCUGCAGUCCAGCCUACUCUCACACAAGUCUCCAGUCCUUGUACAGUCUCUAGUUUAGGGAGCUCUGAUGUGUUCCUCAGUAGCUCCAGUAAUUACGGAGAAGUCAGGACGUCCUCGGAUAUAUUCCUAAAUGAUCACGGAAACAGCAACAGGACACUGACUGUACAAAUGGACAGAGUGGAUUCUACCACAAGUGAUUCAGUGCUGUACCAACAGAACCCUCACAGUUCUCAGUCGUUCAUGAAUUACAAUGGACUCACAUCAAAGGACGAAUCCUCACAGGACAAAGGGUCUGUGCUGCAUAAUCUUCUGACCAGUGGGGUGGACUCUUCAAUGAUUGACAGUCCUACAUCUAACUGUAGUCAGCUAAGUCCAGAGAUCAGAAGCUCCAUGUCAUCCCCUGUGUCCUUGUUUGAGACAAAUACACAGUCUACAUUGAUAGCUAAAUCAGAACAGCUGCGGAUAGAGCAUGGCGAUGAUGUGAAAGUGGAAGAAUUUGCUUGGGAUACUGUGGAUCACGAACCAAACAAAUCACUAAAAACUCACAGGAAUUCCAACGCUGGGACUUCAUUAGCAGAUUCUGAACCUGAUAGUUUGUUUGAUGGCGGAAGUGCGACGGCCUGCACGACAGAAUUUACUUUUACCAAGUUUGGGGCAGAUGUAUCUCCAGUGUUUACAUUCAGUGGAGAGAAAGAUGACACUGACUGUACAUCUUCUGUAAGCAUAAUAUCUUCCUUGAGACCAGACUUUGAAGCAGACGAGGUGAACGUCCCUGAGAUCACACAUAUACAGCUUUCUCCUAAAGUGGGUACAAAUCAUGUGACUCGCUCCCGUCACAGGCUACGAGAACUCUCCCUGAAUCAACAAUUCCCGUGUCGCGUGCCUGGUUACGAACUUCAGAUAGUGGACCAGCCUGAGGAACAACACAGAGCUAGAUAUCUGACGGAGGGAAGCAGGGGAGCUGUCAAAAACAAAGCCGGGGAUGGACAUGCUAUGGUCAAGCUGAUAGGAAAGGUGGAAUCUGCUGUACUGUGGGUGUUUGUGGGCAAUGAUUCAGGCAGAGUGAAGCCACACGGCUUCUACCAAGCUUGUAAAGUCUGCGGAAAAAACUCUACACCCUGUCGUGAAAGGGACAUCGAGGGAACAACUGUCAUAGAGAUGAAUAUGAAGGCAGUAGAAGAUAUGAGUGUAUCGGUUGACAACGUAGGAAUUCUUAAGCUAAGAAAUGCUGAUGUUGAACAACGAAUAGGACUGGCCAAAGCCAAGAAAAAGAGCACUAAGGCUCGCUUGAUAUUCCGUGUGAUGUUUCAGAAAGCUGAUGGCAACAUGCAAACUCUGCAGAUUUCCUCCAAUUCCAUACUCUGUACUCAGCCCAUUGGUCAGCCUGAGAUCUGUAAGAUUAGUUGCCGGGAGUCCACCGUGGAGGGCGGAGGAGAGAUAUUUAUCAUCGGUAAAAACUUCAUGAAGGGGACCAAAGUUUUCUUCCAGGAGAGAGAGGAUGACGACGAAGAAGGAGAAAUCACAUGGCAGAAAGAGGCAGAUAUUGAUAAAGAUUACUUCCAGCAGACUCAUUUAGUAUGUACUAUACCACCAUACCAUAACCUGGAACUUAUCAAAUCCAAAAAGGUUCAACUGGUUGUUCAUUGUGCUGGUAAGGCAAGCGACCCCACCCAGUUCACAUACACUCAAGUUGUACAACAAGCUCCAACUACCCCUCGGAAACAGCAUGAAACACCGAUGGAGACAGACACGUUCCAAAAGCGUAGAGUUUCAUUUACAAUUUCUCCAGAGGCCUUGGAGCUGAAUAAUCAAAUUCAACAGACACAACAACAAACAGAGAAUGGAUCAGGAAUGUUCCAGCUGCCCCCAGGGACCCUCAACAUGGACAUGAAGAUGCAGGUGGAUGCCUCUCCUAUGAACGCCCAGCAGAACAUGGACACAAAAGAAAAUCUUGUUCAGUCACAGUUGAUGCAGCAUUCUGGUAACAUGGCUAGCUCUCUGUCAAUGGGAGACCUCAAUCAACAGGUGAUUCACACCCCUGUUUCCAUAAUGAGUCCUCCUGUUAGCCUAGAGAGUGCUAUCUUCCAGCAAGUGGUGGUAAGCAAACAAGAAGCCAUUGACAGCAUUCUGCAACAAGGGAAUCAAGUCAUGCACCAGCAAGUGCAAAGUCCCAUGAUUCAAGGAACAACUCCCACAAUGCAACAGCAUGGAGUACAUAGUAUCCCAGAUCAUGUGAGAAAUGGAAAUCAACAGCAAGGGUUUGGGCUUAAUAUGAACAACCUUGUAUCCCAGGCAAACUUAAGUGUCUCGCAAAUUGAUGUGGAUAAAAUACUUAAUGCCGGUCUUAAUUCUAAUGUAAAACUAGGAGGUAUGAACACAAAUACACAUGAAAUCAACUCUAGUCAUUAUGGUGGAACCACGGUAACAAGCACACAACCAUCAAGACAACUUAGCCGACAGAACAGUAACACCUCUUUGGCAUCCAAUGGUUCAAAUUCAUUUAAUUCCCAUGCCAAUAUUCUAGAUGUUUCACAUGACUUUGCAAAUAUUUUACAAGAUGCCAAAAAGGAUCACCCAGAAAACAUAGACAAAAUGGCUGAAGCUAUCCUGAAUGAGAAAUGGAACCACCAUGAGAUCCAUGAGCAGCCCCACACCCCCGCACCAGAGGUGGCUCCUCAGUUCUCACAGAACAACUACCAGGCCUCCUCCAGUAUAGCUCAGCUACUGGCCACACAUCUAGCUUCCAUCCAGUCCAACAGAGUCAGCUCUCCCGCUAGCUUCCCGACAACCUCCUCCUUCCAGACUCAUAACAGCUUUAUACAAAGUGGCCAGCAGAGCUUCAACCUCAGUCAAGGGAUUGGACUAGCAGGGAUUGCUAACAGUGGUGUAAAUACGUCCAUCACACAGACUCUUCUGAGGAACAUGAAUGUUCCUCUCCAUACCAUCACAUCGAUGACUGGAGAAUCGGCCCCUGAAAUGAAGGUUCAAAUGUCUGUUCCACAGCCCCAGCUUAUAAACAGCAGUUCUAUUCCCACACAUAAUCUAAAUGUGCAACAGCCACAGCUUCAACAACAGCAACAGCAGCAGAAUGUACCCCAGAUCAUCAUCUGUAACCCACCACCUGCUGCUGCCCCGACUCUGGGUCAACAACCCCAGCCCUCCUCAGCUAAUAACUUUGUGCCAAACCCUGCCCCAGCACAGCCCCCUAGUAUUGUUAUACUGGGCGGUCAGGGGAGCAAUCCUUCCUCACAGGGUAAUGACCAAUUACAAGUUGAAAACAUCCUGAGAUCCAUUUUAGACAGUCUGCGUCCACAAGGUGGCAGCACAUAAUUUUUUGUCACCAAAAUGACGGUAUUAAAAAGACAGACGGAUCCUGCAGAUUGAUUUUUCAGUAUUUAUUCAACAAUUAUUUUGUGAUAAAACUUUAUUGUGUUUGUUUAUGUUGGUAAUUUUUUCCUUUAGUUAUUCUAUUGUUGAUGUAGUUACUUUAAAUGUCAAAGAGCCAAGCAAAAUUUCACAGCACAGGACUUGUAUAUGAUCCCAAAUUUGUCUUAACGAUGUAUACACUCUAAAUUUCUUUUCAAUGUUUUAGAGUCACAUAAUUUAUCAGAUCUCAAUGCUAUACUUUACUUUUGUGUAGUAAUUAGAUUUUUCAAACUACUUUCAUAAUAUUUGGGGAAAUUUUCUGCUGUAAUGAAAAUUGUUUUUGAUGGAAGCAGGACCACAAAGCAUGGUUGUUAAAAUUUUUGAAAAGGUUGUUUGUAAGGGUACAGAUUAUUUUUGAAGGUUUAAGAAAGGGUAAGGUUAUAGUUGAUGCUGCAAGGAAAGUGUCACUUUAAUUAAAGAUUAUACCCAUAUAUUGAAAACUAGAAAUUUAAAGGUAACUGUAUCUUUUCCCUUUUCACAUGUGUUCUUGUACAUUGAAAAAUUUUUGAAUUUUAGAAGAAAGUAGAAUUUACUUUGGCAGCUUCAACAUUUGUGUGUACCUAUUCAUAUUUAUUAGUAUUAUUAUUUUUUAUUGUAAUCAUUCUUCUUAUUUCUCCAGUUAAAUUUUUGUUUUUUGGGAGUAGGAUGUUCAAAAAUAUUAUGUCAAUUAAAUCAUUGAUGUAAGAAAAUGUUUGUGCAUGGUAUUUUACAUAUGUAUUCUUUCACCUUUUGAGUCUUAGAACAUUGAAAUUUAAUUUUAAAGAAAUAUAUCAUUAUCAAAUUUCUCUUUCCCAAUGAAACUGCUUUUAGUGAAAAAAGGUACUUUUGUAUACUACCAUGAAUUGAUAGGAAACAAUAAAGUUUUGAAACAGCCAAACAAUUUUUGAUACAUUGCAUUAGCUUUUUACUUAUUCAAAAAAAAAUUACAAAUUUUCUCUGAUACAAAUUUCACUGUGUUCAAUUCUCAACCACAAAGCAUUUUUUAUCACUCAUCUUCAUUGUAACCCUACUUAAAUUUGUCCAUUGCAAAAUUAAUGGCUUAAGUCAUAGUCUUUUAUAUGAAUCAAAUAUAUUAGAGGCAAAAACGACUUUAUACCUUGUAUUGUCUUUUAUAUCUGUACAAUGUAUUUAAUUUAAACAGACUUUUUCGUGUAAUAACACUUUUUCAGAGUUCUGUGAAUCAGAUAUUUUUCCACCUUCUUGUGAUAUUAACUUAGUGCUAGGAUUGGACAUCAUGGCCUCUAUAUCAGAUUAGUAUUAACUAGAUGGAUUGGUGCUGUGAUUAUUUUUCAUCGUUCCUUGGACAAAGUCAUUAUAUUUUCCUAUAUACCGGUUAAUUGGUAUCUUUAGAUGUACAUAUCCUGUGAGAUUAUUUCAUGCACUGUCAAUGUUGUCAUUUUAAUCACAGAAUUUUAUCACUGCUCAUAAAUAGCUACACUGUGUUUGGUUCAGCAACACUUUAACCUUUUAGAGCACAUUGUAUGUUAUUUAAAAUCUGAUGAUUUUUAUGGCAUAAUAGGGAAAGUUCACCCGAAGUCCCGAGGGGUUACAGAACUAGAGAGUUUUUGUGGAAGAUAUUGAAUCUUUCCAUACAUGUGUUCACCUUUGAAAGUUUAUUUCAAGAAAAGAAGUGCUUUUUUAGUCAAUUUCAAUAGAAUAUUUAAGAUUUGUAACAUAAAUAGUAAAUUUUUGCAGCAUAGAAAAAUAAACUUGUAUAUUGUUGAUUAUAAUAUUGGAACUAGCCCUUAAAUUUUAUAAAUUUCCAGUUUUUCAAUCUCAAAAAUGAAAUGUAAAAAUGCUUGAAAUUUUUUAUAGUGGAUUAUGCAUAGCAGCAAUGUAUAAGGAUUCUUUUUUAGUCCUUUGGGAGUUACCGUUGAACAUACAUGUAUCCUUUAGAAAGAGUUGGAAGAGGGUUUCUGUACAUUGUAGAGGUUGAUGGACAUAUAUAUGUAAAAUUCGGGGAACUGAAUCUCGAGCCUAAGUCUGCCGUGUACAGUUAACAUGUUUGUUUUUAGAUUGCUUCGUACUUUGUGAUAUUGACAUCAUUUUGCUUGUAUCCAAGUCAAAUCAAAUUCAUUGUGUCUUGUAAUUUCUCAUUAUUACUAAUAUAAAUGGCGCAGAAAUGCUUGCCGGAUGGCUUUAGUAUUUUCAUUCCUCAUUGCAUUAUAUGUAGUGUUGGCCUCAGUUUAAUUAUUAAGAGAGACAAUAGAUUUGUUUUACACAUAUAUAUGUAUUGUUUUUAUUAUUAUGUUCUCAGCUUGUUACAGUUUUUAUUUGUUAUGUUUUAAUCAAGAAGUGAAAUCCUGACAAAAAUUGCUACAAAUCUUAACUAUAACUAACACAGAACGUGUUCCACCAUUAGUUUAAGGCCAUGUUCUUCCAUUGGCUUUUCAAUGUUAUUAAAGUGAUGCGCUUUUUUCAAAUUUGACUAUCACUUUCAUACUGUUGCUGACUUGUUACCAAAGGUAAUUAAUUGGAAACUUUUUAUU